CAAUCAGAUGUAUUUCCAGCUGAUGUUGAUUGACUCGGGCAAAUCAGUACAGUACUUAUGUUGACGAUUCGACUUAUGCCUCUUCGUCUGGUUAAAUCCGGCGCGGUGCGUAAACGCCAUGUUCAACCAACAGAUCCCACUCCAACCGGGAAUCAAACAGCAAGUACAGGGAUUCAUUUUUGCGAACCCUAGACGAAGGGUCUCCUGAGAAUAUGACUGCUCCGAUAUCGUUGAAUAAACUCUUCAACCUGACCUCUGACCACGAAGCCGGUCCUGAUGAAAUCGUCAUACGUGCUCCGUUAUGGACCACCGUAGAGCUCCUCUGCCCGGUAGUAGAUGACAACAUAGCAGCGACGGAAGGGGAACGUCAGGUGCCGUACAAGUUCAACAGCGUGCUGCAGUCGAUCAACGGUACCGACUUGGAAGAAGGCCGGAAUGUGGUGUGGAAUCUCUGCCUACGCAAGCGACCGAAAUGUGGCGAAAUAUUUCCGAAGAUAUACACUCCGGUUGCUUACGCCCCAACUGCUCCCGGUGGCCGUUUCUACACCAUCACACUGAUCAAUUUCUCGCAGACGCACAGCGGCGUCUACGAGUGUCUGCAGUAUAACGGCACCCAGCUAGUAACCACCCGGCGGUAUCGCGUCAGUCCUCUCAUAACGCGCGAGACGCUCUUUGAUCCGCCCAUGUCAAAUAUGACCGUCACCGUCGGUGAGGAGGUGAAGUUGCGCUGCCACGUAAAAUUUGACGCCGUGCCGGAUCCCUUUAGUGAGCGGCUUUUGCUGCGAAGCGAGAACUAUUUGAUCUAUGCACCGGCCCAUGGGCCAUUUCGAAACGGUAUGGGCUCUCGAGGCGAAGCGGGCUCGUACUUAUCAAUAUUUGAUGAUGGUUGUAAAUGCGGUCUACAACUGCGCAUCGGCAAAGUCAGCCGCCGCGAUGCCGGACGCUACCAGUGUUGGUUUCGCGUCGACGAUCUCUUUGAUGAGUGGUAUGUGCAGGAAUUUCAUCUGAACGUUGUGGGAAAGGUCGGCCAAUAGUCAGUGGUCUUGUGUUUCUGUUGACCAAGUGGCAGUUGGUAAGUUUGAGUGUGUCUGCUUCGAUGGUGCAAGUUAAAUUUUUUACUAUACUUUAACCUUUGCGCUUGAUACGGUAGCCCCCAUUGCAAUGGGAGCGGGCGAAGGACGUUGUGGUGGGU